GUAGGUCUUUAGACUGUGAUAGGGACGAUGGAGAGUGCAGCAGUUGCAAGAAUGGAUUUUGGGGCGAAAUGUGUCAGGAUGCUUGCGGUCAAGGCUGUUACUACACAACUUGUAGGAAAACUGAUGGAUAUUGUAGUACUUGCAAAAGCAGAUUUUGGGGAGACGUUUGUAACAAGACUUGCAGCAAAAACUGUUUGAGCUGUAAAAAAGUCACUGGUGUGUGCAUUGAAUGCAAUGCUGGAUUGUGGAGACCAUCAUGCAGACAAGAAUGUGAUCAGUCGUGUUCAACUUCUGAAUGUUUUAUAGAGUCCGGAGAGUGUAAGAAAUGUCAUUUAAAUAAAUGGGGAAAGUUUUGUGAAAAUUUAUGCAGCACGUCUUGUUCUUGGGGUUGUCACAGACAAACUGGUCAUUGCUUAAGUUGUAGAAACAGAUAUUGGGGUCAGGAUUGUUCAAACAUGUGCAACAACUCAAGAUGUGAACAAUGCUCUAUAACAAAUGGACUAUGCACAUUAUGUCAACAUAGAUUUUGGGGUGAAAACUGUCAGAAUACUUGUAAGUCUGAUAAAUGUCUUCAAUGCUACAUGGACACUGGUUAUUGCAGUGCAUGUCCGCAAGGUCGAUGGGGAUUACUGUGUCAAAACACAUGCCGGGAUGAGUGUCUUUGUUGCAACAUUAGAACUGGAUCUUGCACAUUGCCAUGUCCUGAUGUUUCAGACGCUGGCAAAUUAGCACAAGAUGAUAUACAAGCUGUCGGUAUAAUUGUCGUUAUGGUCAUCUGCAUUGCUAUCACUGUUGUUGCAUUUGGAUUAAAUGGUGUUAUAAGAUACAUAUUAAGACGAAGGAAAUCCAGAAAGGAGCAUGACAGAGCAAAAGGUUUGAAAGCUGCAACAGAAAUGGGCAACGAUCCAUCUACAUCGACAAAAACACGAGAUCCAAUGUACAUCAAUGUUACUGAAUCUAAUCUAAGUGAACUACCAUCCACUGAAUCAGGCCUAAGUGAACUACCAUCAGAUCAUGUCUAUGAACGAUUAAGGCAUUAAAGGGUUUGAGUACCUAUUUGUCCAGUAUUGGUCUAAUAAUUGUUUUAAUUCUUCAUCAGGCUUCUUAAAAUUUUGACAGUCAAAGACUAUACAAAGAUUGUUUUUAAUGGUAUUUCUGUUCAAUUCCUUGUUACCUACGUUUUG